UGCCAAAUCAAUCCAUCAUAAAUGAUAAGCCGAGCUGUAUAAAACGCUCUGCCUUGCGAAUAAAUUCAAUCAAACGAUUCCAAACUUUUCCAGAGUCCGAAGCAAGAGUGAAAAUGUUUUCGAAAAACGUUGCCCUCGUCGUGGUCGCCAUUUUGGGGACGUGUUCCGCCCUCUCGCUGACACAUAGUCGGAACCCUUCCUCCAUUUCUCGCAAGGGUGGACCGGUCGCUCCCUUCGGGACGGUUGAUCCCGUCGCCAGAUGUGGCGGCGUCGGAACUCAGCUUGGGCUCCGUAUCUCUGACUGCAACGGGGUCUGCACUCUAACCCCAGGAACCGUGUACAACUGCGAAAAUGACUUCAUUCCAAGUUCUGCCUCCCCCUCGUUGUCUUUGUGGGUUGAGGUCUGCCUUAGGGGAUUUUGUACGAUCAUCAUCCAAACCGAGUUGCCCGGGUCGUCCGUCCAGCCCGGGUUGAUGUACACGGUAAAAUACUCCAUCGUCCCGAACGACAUCUUGUCCGGGGAGACGAUCGAGUUCCGCGGAUAUAUUUACCACACGGAUAACAUGCUCUUGGAAAUCUGUGUCUCUGCCGAUAUGCACAUUUUACAGACUUAACCAUUUAAUUUUGCAUGUUCUUUUCUCCAAAUUUCGUGAAUAAAAAAAUAUUCCAAUUUUA